AUGCCUGUGUAUGUUCGGCAAGAAGCGCUGGAGGUACCAACUCCGACGCUUUCUGAAUGCUCGGAGGAGGGCAUCCAAGACCCAGAGGAGAUCUUUCCUGAGCGUACUGGAACGGCCGGCUAUCCUAAAAACUCAAUUUUAGAAACUCGUGCGCGACUCAAAGUUGACGUGACUGCGGAUUUGCCAUUUGCGGAUCAAGUAAACGAGGACAAGUUCACUUGUGUUACGACAGCUCGCGACUUCGUUUUCGGCGGCACUGAAGCCGGCUUCCUACACUGUUAUGACGGCGACGGCAAUUUGCUGGAUAGCUGGCGAAGUCCACAAGAAAACCGCAUCACAGACGUCUGGGGCUCCGAGUUGGAACCAAUCGAAUCGGUUUCGCACUGCGUCGUUGCCGAUGAAAUGGGAAACGCUUGGUGGCUAGUUAUUACGGAUCACGGACUGGUUCUUGUGAAGGAAGUAACAGAAGACAAAGUCAAAGUGAGGUGCGACAAUUGCAAGUACUCCAAGGGAGGAUACAUAAUUGCCGUAGGAGUGAGCACGGCGACAGACAGCUGGGUCGUCUCUUGGAAAAUGACUCCUUCUAUCAUCAAUAACUGGAUAAAAGCACUUCGAGCACCGACUCCCCCUCCAGCUCCAGAAGUUGAAGAAACUGAGUCCGAAGAAGCCAGUCCACCUGUCGUGGAGAGAUAUGUUCCCCAAUUGACGAUGACGGCGGCGAUAAAAAUCUUGCGCCCAAAAGGAGAACUGAAGCCAAAAAAGAACUCUUUCAUAACAAUGCGAACACAAAUCGCUCGCGACGGCCUUGUAGCGGAUAUCACUGCCGACGAGCAUCCCUACUUGUUCACCGAUCGAAUGAAGAAAUAUAGAAUUGAAGAAGAAGAACAGAGCUUUGAAAAUGAUUUCCCUACCGACAGGCCUCUAGAGGACGAAGAGAUCUCCAUCAUGAUGAAUGGGCCGGCAAUGUUCGUCUCUUGGAAAAUUCAUCCUUUGAAAGAGCCUCUUGAAGAGGCCCCAGCGACCCCUGCUAGUCAAACAAAUGUCAAGAAUCCCGACGCGAAUGCUCGGAUUCAUCAGUACGGCAUCGCAACUACUCAGCAAAACACCGCCAAAGUAUACGUUUACAGAUACGACGAUGUCAAAGGACGCGUACUUCCUUACCAGGGCCUCCCCCACACGGAACGAAUCGACGCCUUCGCAACUGAUUGUCAGCGAACUUUUUUCAUCGCAACUUGCUGCGCAAAUGGAACCAUCUCACUCUGGAAACGCAUCAAGCCAAAACAACUGGUGCCCAUGUUUGUUUGUCCCAGCUUGAAGAAUAUUUCGGUGAUAUCGAUGGCCGUCCAGCCGAAACUGGGCACCGACACGGCUGAUAUACUCUGCCACGAUGUGACGAAGGCUCUUGUCAUUGUUGAAGACGAUGAAACUAAGUACAUGUCACUGCUUAAUGACAGGCGUGUCAUCUACGAUCAUGUAGAGAUAGGUCGAUGCGAGAUGGCACUGAAAGGCUUCAGUGAAGCAGAUAGUAAUUAUAUUGCCGGACUGAUCCAAAGCUUCUACCAAGACAAACUCUCGCAAAGCGAUCAUAAAGCGAUCGACAAAUGGAUCCAGGGCUACCAGAAAUCCCCUUAUGCGUGGGAGAAUAUGAACAAGCUUCUCUACGCGAACAUUGAUCUCCAAACAAAUAUAUUUGCUUCGAACACGCUCAAAAGAAAAGUGCUCGAAGACUUUAAUGAACUCCCUCCGGAGAGUUACGAGCAGCUACGCGACUCGCUUCUUCAACUAGCAUGCCGCCAACUGAACGAAAGCGUCAUGAAACAGCUUUGCAUUGCUCUUGUGGAUCUCUGUCUACAAAUGCCGCAGCAGGAAAACUACAUUUUCAACCUGAUCCAAGCUUUAAAAGAAAACGAACCGGCUCUACUAAUCGUACUCGCGUUACUUCCGGAGGAAUUAAAUAAUUCUUCCCUGAGAUUGGGACUCAACCGAAGAAAUCAAAUUUUGGAAGAAUUCGAAGGUUCAUGCCCUCAUGUACUCGAGCACGUUUUAAUCGUUCUCAAUCGGGUUCAAGGAAAAGAAACUGGGAACGAAAAGGUCAGACGCAAAUGCUUCGAAGCUAUUCGCCAAUGGAUAAAGUUGGGCUCAGCCCCAAGCUCUUGCCUGGCGAGAUCUCCUCUACUCAUGCCAGCGUUUGCGACUCUGGAAGACAUCGAUGCAAAUACCAACGAACAUGAAGCCGCGACUGAUCUAAUUUGCCAAGCAAUAUUCCUCUGUGAAGAUCAAUCCCGAUACUACGAGCUGUUAGAACAGCUGAAAGGUCGCGUUUACGGGCUUCAAGGUACCUUUCAGCUCACACAACAAGCUGAAGACAUUGAUAAAUGUAUCAACAUAUGUCGCAUCUUCACUGAACUAGCGGAAACACUACUCGACAAAAUCGUCACCACGCCUGGCGAAGGUCUUGGCGAUCUAACAACCGUCAAUUUGUGCCUGGAGGGUCUCUCGCACUACGACUGGGAGGUCUCUAAAAUUACCUUCCACUUUUGGUACGGUCUCUGCGAGUCACUGAUGAACAACGACGCCAAUGUUUCCAAAUUUAAAUACUUAUUCGAGAAAUUGAUUCAGUCGCUGACACGCCUUUGUCAAAAUGACAAUGACAUUGAUUCCCCACCGACUGGUGACUUUCAAGACUUUCGAGUGCAAUGUGCUGAAAUAGUAAAAGAUAUAACACGAAUAGUGUCGAGUAUGGAAUGCUUCGAUCUAAUGUUUACGAUGCUGAAGACCGAGUCUGCUAAUAACGACUUACAGUGGGACAGACUUGAGGCGAUUCUGUGGAUGUUAUCGGCUAUAGCGCCCAGGUUGUGCUACGAGCAGAAAAAUUCUAAGUCCUCUACUUCGGCGCAAGAGCUGCUAUCGGUCGUUCUUUCGCAGCCAUCAGCCACGACGCACCCUUGUUUACGACUUACUUCCAUAAAACUUGUUGGAGAUAUGAACGAGUGGAUUGAUGCGAACAAAGAGAAUUGGAUGGAAAAAUCCAUUCAGUUCCUCUUCGAAGGCCUCGCAGCGGAGGGCAACUGUCAGAAAGAUUUCCAAACCGUAUCAGCUGAAGCUUUGAAAUUAAUCUGCACGACCUCGUGCAAAUUGCUUUCCGUUCAUUAUGAGUUCCUACUUUCGGCUGCAGAUCAAAUAUUGGACAAGCUAAUUUGGGCGGCAGCACAUAGACUAUUACAGGGACUGUCUUAUGUUAUUUCUGAAUUAAAUAUAGAGCUUCAAGAAGCGUGUAUAAAUCAAAUGGUCGGUCGCCAAGCACUGCUAGUUCAAAAUUGUCUCAACGAGGAUGGUCAACCCCAUUUGCCAUUAGAUAGGAUAUCAACAAUGUUCCGCUACCUGCGAAAACCCAAAGAUCAAGUAGCCCAUGAAGCGACAGUUCGACAGAUUUUGCCCAUACUAGCAGACUGUUUAAACAAGUGGCAAGCUGACUACCGAAUCGUUGAAAGAAUAUGCAAAUGCUUGAGAUUCAUCAUCAGAUUUCUGGGACCAAACUCUGGACCAAUCCUUGAAGUCAUGGCGUCUACAUUUGUUCAAGUGUUUACAACUCAUCGGCACAGCGUUUUCUUGUACUUAACUUCUAUUUUGGUCGACGAAAUCGGCGAGCGCUACUCCAGUGAUCUUCAAAAACUCUUCGAAGCACUAGCAGGACCCACUCUUGAAAAGUUAAAUGAGGAGGAUGGAUUGCGGCAGAACCCUGACCAUGUGGACGAUUGGUGUAGGCUAGCUGCUCGCAUGGCGGAAAAAACAUCGGAGCAUUUUUAUUCUGGCAACGCGAUUCAAGCAGCCUUUGAUUCUGCGAUUGCAGCUACAAAACUUGAUCACCGAGACGCGUCUGCUUCCGUUUAUAAAUUCCUUUUCCAGAUUGUGGACACAGCGCCUGAUAAUAUUUACGAAUCAUUUGUGAUAAACCUUUUCUACUUUCCUCUGGAAGCAAUAGUAUUCGACGUUCCUGCGUAUCAAAGCAACGAUGUUUCUGAGCUCUUCUUCGCGAUGAAAAGUAGGAGUAGUCAUUCAUUCAAAAUUGCACUUGAAAACGGGUUGACUCGUUUGACAACACACCCAAAAGCCAAAUUCGGUGCGACUCAAGACCAGCUGAACCACUUCGCGGACGAUCUGAUUCGCUCGGAUUCGGAGAAUUCAAUCCACUCGUGCCUUCGUGACUUUUGCAAAUUGAGCCAAGACUGCUCUCAAGCAUCCCCGCGACGCAUUCUUGUUCUGCUCAACCCAGUUGCAAAUGGCGGGUAUGCAUCGCAGAGCUACGAAAGAUCCGCUAAGCCAGUAUUUGACUGCGCUGGCGUGAAUGUAGUUCUCAAGAAGACCGAGUACGUCAAGCACGAGCGAGACAUCGCCGCGGAAAUCAAGCCCGAGUACGACGCGAUCGUCGUUGCAGGCGGCGACUCGAUGGUUCAGAACUUUCUCACCGGCCUAAAUAGAAGAAAGGACUUCGACGAUUUUAAGAACAUUCCUUUGGGUAUAAUUCCGCUCGGAAAGACGAACUCCGUUUGGUACCAGUUUUCUUCGAAAGCGGAUGGCGAUUGGCAAGCGCCUUACACGAGGCCCAUGCGAAUUACAGAAGCUGCUAAGACGAUAGGAUUGGGCUUUCGCUGA